AUGGAUAUCAAGGGUCCUGGAUUGGAUACCAUGUUGGGGAUGGAUGCUUCCAAUGUGGAAAUUGCAAUUUUAACUGAGAAUCUGCGAAGCAUGAGCACCAUUUCAGAGGAGGUGACAACGGGUAUGAGUAAAUUAUCCACCACCAACAAGGCCGCAAUUCGACAUAUAGGUCCAUUGAUGAACACGUUAAGAGAGUUAAAGAUCAAACAGGGGAAUUUGCAUGCUGUUGAAAGCAAGGUUGCUGAGAUCAAGGAGUAUGCGAAAAAUAUACGUCAACUAGAUGAGCUUCUUGAUGCCGAUCUGUUGGAUGCUGGUAUCACUGGGGUCAAGCAGUUUAUUGAGACACUGAGGAAGCUUAGAGCCAUUGGUUCGGAUAUGAAGCAACAAGGGCUUGGCGGAUACAAGGCGUUGAAUCGACAAUUAGUGGAAGGUAUGUUGAGUGGUGACACGCUAUUGAAAAGCGAUGUACUGAAAAGGGUAUCCCAAUUGAAUGGCAAAGACACAAAGAACAUCGAGGAAAUCAGAGUAGAAUAUGAGUAUCUUACCAGGGAGCGUGACAUAGAUAUCGAUGAGCAAAUAAUGAGGGAGAGAAUAGGGUUGUUAAAGAGGAAAAUGGGAUCUUGUGCCAUUAGCACGCCCAAGGUUAACAAUGACCAGAACUACAUAUACGAUGGUGGGAACAGUGAGUCUUUCCCCGUGUAUAUUGACAAAAUCAAGGGUAUGUUGAGCAAUGAAUUAUAUAUUGUUCAUAAUCUUUUCCGUGGGUUUAUUAGUGCCGAAUUACUAGGGUCGUAUGUUAACAAGUAUGUCUCUGUGGUAUCUUUCGAAAUCAUUGGGAUCUUGAAUGGGAUUAUCAACUUUGUGGAGAAGAGGCGUACCUCAUAUAAUACCAUGUACUACGAGCUCUGUGAUGGAGCAAAUCGGUUUGUUGGAUGGCUGUUUGAACAACAUCUUGUUGUGGACCAGACAUUACAACAGCUUGCUGCCAAAUGUGAGAGGGAUGCCCUUAAUACGUUUGGGGAAUUUUUCCAAUAUAUUAGGAGUAAAUAUGAAGAGAUGGUAGUGAAUGUCAAUUCACAUGAGACAUUGAACAACACCUUUAUGUUGAUAUCCACUAGAAUCAACAAUUUUUCACGCCUGAGAGAUUACCAACUCCAAUAUAUAUCACAAAUUACCAUUAAUGAGUGGCUACCAGUGAAUUUACCAAAUGGGUUUGUAGCGGAGAAGGAGCGAUCAUCUGAUCCUUUGUUUCUGUUGGGAACAUUUUACAGUGAUGCGAUUGAAUAUUCAUUCUACCUGUUGGCGGACAAGUACAGGGGCAAGAAAGCCGACGAGGAAGUUGGAGUGAUACUCCUCUUCAACCUCGAUGGUCUACAAACGCUCCUUGAGGGUAAAUCGUUGUUGAAGCAGAUAUUGGGGCAACGGGGCAUGGACCGGUAUGAGAAGCUCAAGAAGAAGGCCAUGGAUAGGGCCGUGAUGCAGUGGUCUACAUUAACUGCCCGAAUUAUGCAAGCAAGUACUCUUUCAGGAUCCAACUUAUCCAUGUCGCAGAAGGACCUUGUCAAAUUUAUCGAAGAGUUUAACAUCACCUUCCAAGAGUUACAAACAACUUUCCAGAGGAUGGACAUUCCACCCUAUUUCCGGAAACAACUAGUGCAAGACAUCACCAAAACGCUCGUUCCGAGUUACAAGAUCUUCCAUGCCUAUGCUGGACAGACUGGUGGCCGUUCGGUGGCAAAACAUCUCACACUGACUCCAUCCCAACUGGCGGACGAGCUUUCCAAGAUGUAA